AUGGCGCGGCGGACGGGCGGCGGCGGCGGCGGGGCGCUGGGGCUGCUGCUGCUGCUGCUGGGCGCCGCGUGCCUGGUGCCCCGGAGCGCGCAGGUGAGGCGCCUGGCGCGCUGCCCCGCCACUUGCAGCUGCACGAAGGAGUCCAUCAUCUGCGUGGGCUCCUCCUGGGUGCCCAGGAUCGUGCCCGGCGCCAUCAGCUCCCUGAGCCUAGUAAAUGGAACUUUUUCGGAAAUCAAGGACCGCAUGUUUUCCCAUCUGCCUUCCUUGCAGCUGCUGUUGCUGAAUUCAAACUCAUUCACAGUGAUCCGGGAUGAUGCCUUUGCGGGACUUUUUCAUCUGGAAUACCUGUUCAUUGAAGGGAACAAAAUAGAAACUAUUUCCAGAAAUGCCUUCCGUGGCCUGCGGGACCUGACUCACCUUUCUUUGGCCAAUAACCACAUUAAAGCACUACCAAGGGAUGUCUUCAGUGACUUAGACUCUCUGAUUGAACUAGAUUUAAGGGGUAAUAAAUUUGAGUGUGACUGCAAAGCCAAGUGGUUGUAUCUGUGGUUGAAGAUGACCAAUUCCACAGUGUCAGAUGUGCUGUGCAUUGGCCCGCCAGAGUAUCAGGAGAAGAAACUGAAUGACGUGAGCAGCUUUGACUACGAGUGCACAACGACAGAUUUCGUUGUCCAUCAGACUCUACCCUACCAGUCGGUGUCUGUGGAUACGUUCAACUCCAAGAACGACGUAUACGUGGCCAUUGCGCAGCCCAGCAUGGAAAACUGCAUGGUGCUAGAGUGGGACCACAUUGAAAUGAACUUCAGGAGCUAUGACAACAUCACAGGCCAGUCCAUUGUGGGCUGCAAGGCCAUUCUCAUCGACGACCAAGUGUUCGUGGUGGUGGCUCAGCUCUUCGGCGGCUCUCACAUUUACAAAUACGAUGACAGCUGGACCAAGUUUGUCAAAUUCCAAGACAUAGAAGUCUCACGCAUCUCCAAGCCCAACGACAUCGAGCUCUUUCAGAUAGACGACGAGACGUUCUUCAUCAUCGCCGACAGUUCUAAGGCCGGCCUGUCCACGGUGUACAAAUGGAACGGCAAAGGCUUCUAUUCGUACCAGUCUCUGCAUGAGUGGUUCAGGGACACGGAUGCAGAGUUUGUGGAUAUUGAAGGGAAAUCGCAUCUCAUCUUGUCCAGCCGCUCGCAGGUCCCCAUCAUCCUGCAGUGGAAUAAAAGCUCUAAGAAGUUUGUCCCCCACGGUGACAUCCCCAACAUGGAGGACGUGCUGGCUGUGAAGAGCUUCCGGAUGCAGAACACCCUGUACCUUUCUCUCACUCGCUUCAUCGGGGACUCCCGGGUCAUGCGGUGGAACAGUAAGCAAUUCGUGGAGGUCCAGGCGCUUCCAUCGCGGGGCGCCAUGACACUGCAGCCCUUUUCUUUUAAAGAUAACCAUUACCUGGCCCUGGGGAGCGACUACACAUUCUCACAGAUCUACCAGUGGGAUAAAGAGAAGCAGCUAUUUAAAAAGUUUAAAGAAAUCUAUGUGCAGGCGCCCCGUUCCUUCACAGCUGUCUCUACUGACAGGAGAGAUUUCUUUUUUGCAUCCAGUUUUAAAGGGAAAACAAAGAUUUUCGAACAUAUCAUUGUUGACUUAAGUUUGUGAAGGCGUGAUGGGUGCAUUUAGAUGACAUAGAGCAUUAGCAGUCACAGGAGAGAGGACCAAGAGGAAACACAAGAAGAUAAUGAAAUAAAACAAGCCAAGCUCAACAGCUCUGAAAUUAACUUUUUUUUAAAGGCACUUGGGGGGGAGGGGAUAGUUAGAAGUUUGCAAACUUUUAGAUCUCACAUUUUAAUCAGGGAUUAUUGCAUUUAUGGGCUUAACUGCAUGACAUGUCCCUACCAUUUCAAAAAGACAUCUUCAAGCCUGUAAUGUGAGGGAAGAGGGCAGCGUUAAUUCUUCUCACCACCUAGGAAGUAAUGUGCUUUGGCUUUCUGUUUAAUGAGGAAGGAGAACCAUUGGAUAAGAUGGGACAGUGAACAAAGUUAAAAACCAAGCCCAAAUCUCCCACACCUAUGGGCCCUUCCCAUUCUGUUCUCAAAGUCUUAUGGGUAAAAACAGUUAAAGCCAAAGUCAGCUAAAACCAUUGGCUGAUGAUUAGUUGGAAAGUCUUAGAACACUCAGCAAUGCUAUUUUGAGCCAUCCUAGUUUCCUGAAAGUAGCACUCAGUCUUCCAGAAUCAUCUUUAAAAGAGGACCUUGGUUGUUUCAUUGGCUCCUGGGUGGAUGCUCGUUAGGGGUGUGCUAAGAGUUUGACAUGGGUCCCUCUGUCACGGAGAAAAUAUUCUGUCCAUACAUGUCCGGGCCAACCUGGGCUAUGGGGUCAGCAGUGAGACAAAGGGCCGUUUCCCUGUUCUUUGGGGUUCAAAGCUGACCCUCGUGGCGGGCAGAGCAAUAAUGCUUGUUUGAUGCGCUCCAUGGCUCAUCUGCUUCUCCGAACCCAUCCUUUGAGUUUGUAUGUAACCAGCAGACAGGCCAAAGACUGAAUGGUGCUUUUUAUCUAUCCUUUGGAGGGAUGGAACAGGUGUUUCCAUCCCAUGUGUAUUUGGUAGGGUUUUGAAGUGAGAUUUGAGAGUCGAAGGGGACCUUACUCAGAUCUCCAUGUGCUUUGAAACCCAGAGGGGGCCCUUUGAUGGAUGCAUGCCUUUGCCCUCUGCACAACUUAAUAUAUCAAGUCACUGAAUAGCAACCUGCCUACCUGCCCACCUGCCAACCUCCCGCCUCCUCGAACAGCCCUGCUUUGUGGAGCUGCUGGUGUGGGCGGCGGCUCGUGCAGCCUCUAUGGAAGUUGCUCUGCACACAAAAUCACAGCUGGGGACACCCGUGAUGGGGACACGCCUUCCCUUCCCAGCACUUUAACUAAGGAUGCCAGGGUGCACACACUCACCACAGAGGGCCAGGGUGCACACACUCACAGACAUGAGUGAGGGCAGGCCAUCCAGUAGAAGCAGAGUUCCCCAGGGGACACCCACUGGAGCCAGAUAAGUUUCACCCUCUGGGGCAGGUCUAUAUGGGGGAGCGGGUGACCUCUUACAACAUGGUCCUGAAUGAGGGUGAUAGGGAAAUCAUGGAACCUGGUUUUGUGGAUGGUUCUUUAGUGAUGUUCUGCCUAGAUAGCUCGUUCACAGUAUGAAGCGACUGUGUCAGGGGUAGAGUU